GGCCCUCGAGUCCUCUCGUCGACGUCGAGUAGUCCAGUUUCGAGUGACACUAGUUUCGGGUGGUGCUCCACACACGAGAGCCUCAGAGUUUAUUUAUUUUGCGCUAUUAUUAUUAUUGUUUUUCCUUUUUUUCUUGGCCGCGCCACCACACACGCGGACCGCGCUUAAAAAAAUUCGGAAAAAAACCCGUUCACCGCGAUGAAGUGAUAGUGCAGUCGUCGAUUCCCGGAUUUUCUGCAUUCCGCCGUCGCCGAAAAAUAAAAAACGGCGAAAAAAAUUCGGUGCGACCGCGGCCGCAACGUUUUUUCGGGUAAAAUUUUUUCGGAUAAACCGCGAAAGUGGCUCUCUCGGUGACGGCCGCUUCGUCGGCGGCAUCAGCCGUGUUCUCCGAGAGCUCGGGCGAUCUGCUGCCGGAGCUCAACAGCGCGGACCUAGCGAUGUCGCUGAGCCCCAAACCGCACCAUCACCACCACCACAAUCAUCACGCUGCGCACACGACACCGUUCUCCGUUACCGACAUACUCAGUCCAAUCGAGGAGUAUCGUAAGCUUGAGCUGUGUGGCUCGCCUUCCCCGUACCACAGGUCCAGCACGGCUGGUAGCACCGGUGGCAGUGCUUCCGGAAGCCCGGGAGCCAUGUCCGGCGGCGGAGGUAAUAACAACAACAACAACAACAAUAAUGUCCCUGGAGCGGUCCCGGCCGCGGCCAGUUGGCAUCACGUGCAUCCGCAAUUCCCGGCGCCACCGCCGCCACCGCCUCAAUAUUGUCAGCCGGACAUGGUCACGUCGUACGGGAAUUCUGCCACGUGGUACGGGGCACCAGCUAACGAUCCACGAUUUGCAAUAUCAAGAUUGAUGGGCUCGUCAAACACCCCGAUGAAUGGUAUGACAAACAUGGAAUGCGAUAUCAAACCACCUCUACAGUUUCCACUUACCCAGAGACGAAAGCGGAGAGUGCUGUUCACUCAGGCUCAAGUUUAUGAACUAGAACGGAGGUUCAAACAACAAAAAUAUUUAUCAGCGCCCGAACGAGAACAUUUGGCUAGUCUAAUUCAUUUAACUCCCACACAGGUAAAAAUAUGGUUCCAGAACCACAGAUACAAGUGUAAACGUCAGGCGAAAGAAAAAGCUAUGGCCGAACAAAAUGCCCAAAAUCAGGCUCAGAGUUCACCACGACGUGUGGCCGUGCCCGUUUUAGUGAAAGACGGCAAACCGUGUUCGGGUACGUCAGACUCGUCCGGCCAACAGCCUGCGCCCGGCGGCAAUAACUGCAACGGCCACAGCCCCGCUAUGCAUCACGGUGGCCACGUACCCGUCCCCGUCCACCCCCAUCACCACGGUCACCAUCACCAUCACGGGUCGCCCAACGUCGGGCACCACCAGCAACAGCACCAACCGCCGCAACACCAGUUGCUGACCAACACCGCAAUGCCAUACCCAAGACAGAACGUCAGUCAGCAUCACCAUCAACAGCAAAAUAUGUCCUAUUUAUCCAUUCAAGGACGUGCAUGGUGAGCUGUGACCGGUUUUAUUAAUACCUAUCUUAUUAAUAGGCGAGCAUUAUACUUAGUGUAGACUUUCGAAAAAAUAAUUUCAUUUUGUUUUGUUUCAAUACGAAUUUUUCAUGUGAUUAUAUAUAUACACACACCCACAUAGAAAAACUAUACUUUUAUUUAAAUAUAUAGAAAAUUUUAAGCAUAAAGUAUUUGAGAAAAUGCAAUUAUAUAGUGAGAUAUUAGGAAAAAUUCUUUUAUUAUACGCGUAGGAUAACUAUAUAUUUUAAGCCCGUUAUGUAUAAGCAUGUGUACACAUUUUUCAUUUAAUUUUAUCUUGGACUCUCUAAGUCAAUUAAAUUUUAUUUUGCUAUGUGUAUUAGUAUUUUUUUUUCUUUUUAAUGUUUUAUAAUUUGAACGUCCUACCUCCAAGUCACGUGUAUACUUAUCGAUGUAUAAAGUAUAUUGAAACUUUUGUAAAUUAUUGUGAAUCGCAAUAAAUUAAUUCUUUUUGUAUAGAUGAGAUAUGCUAUACAUACUAGGUACUUCAAUGUUCUGUACUGUUCUAUAUGAUAAAAUAUAAUAUAGCCUCAUUCAAAUAAGGCAAUAUUGUUUGAUGUAAAAUAGUAUGAAUUUGUUUAUCAUACUCAGCCUCAGCCUCUUAUACGUUUAUGAGAAUAUGUGUAGGUAUACUAAUUUGAUUGGUCCAUGAUAUAGUUUCACUUAGACAUUUUUUUUUUUAUAGGAACAUAAAAUAAUUUUAUCUAUUUAUUUAUUAAUAAGUUGCAAGUAUAUAUAAAAUAUGUAUGUAUAAUUAUGUAUAAACCUCAAUUUUUAAAGCACAAUAAAUACCAUUCUUAGUUGUAUAUUAUAUGGUUAAGAGUUUUGUAAGUAGGGCUUUAAUAUUAAACAAAGAAAAUAGACUGUUGAAUAAACCUAUAAUAAUACCUAUAUAUAACUACCUGAAAUGUUAUUUAACAGUUUUUGUGUAAAUUUACGAUCAUUGAGAUGGUUUAAUUGAAAUGGAUGUAAAACAUUUUAUCAACUAUAUAUUAUAUGUAUCUAUAUGUAUAGGUAUCUAUAUUAAGUCAAAGUUUAAUAUUAAAAUAUUUGCAAUGUAUAAAACUGUUGUGUAAUUAAUAUAUAAUUAUCAAACGAAUCAUGUUAAAAUUUAAAAAAAAACCAUGUCAAUGUUUUGUACAUAUAUAUAUAUAUUAUAUGGUACAUUGGUAUAUGGUAUUUCAUAGAAGUGUGUCGAAAUGUAUGUUACAAUUUAUGUUUGUUUACCUAUCUCCCCCUUAUACUAUAUUAUAUAUUAUUAUGUUUAUUCGAUAUUAUAAACAUAAUAAUAUUAUAUUAUACACGCUCGCAUUAACUUGCAACGAGUUCUUACAUUAAUUCCAUUGUUUUUUAAAUUGCAAUAUGCCCCAAUACAUGUGUAUAUUGGUAUGCUGUUUAUAUUAUAUUAAGUCUAUGGAAAUAUCUUUUGUCUUUUGCACGACCCCAUUAAAUUUAAUGUUAUAUAUUAUAUUACAUAAAAUGUGCUGUAAUUAUAUACCUUGUAAAAAUUAUACUAAACUUCUGUAUAAUUAUUAUUAUUAUUAUUAUUUCUGUAAAAUGUGAUGUAUAAUAAUAUCUACGUGAUUGUAUACGAAAUAAACAUAAAAUAUGAAAAUAGUAAACGUACCUAUAUAUAUAUAUACAUAAUAUAUACAAUAAACGACGUAUAAUGUGA